CACGGGUGGCGCACGCCGUUGCUUUGCUUUCUUGUGUGCGUCAACACCGAAUGUCUUUCUGUUGUGCGUUUUAUUCCUCUCUCUCGUUCUCUCUCUCUCUCUCUCUCUCACUACCGUCUACCUAUAACAAUUCCUGAACUCGGCGCCGAUCAUUCCACGUCACUCGCCGCCGGUCCCUUCUCUAUUCAAUUCGCCCUUUUCCCAAAAUUACAGCACCUUUUCCUUUCUCUUUAUCCCUCGAAUAAACAAUUGUGCGCUUUCGAUUUGGAUAACAAGCCUCGCACUCCUCCGCCGAAGAACUGGUGUCGCUGUUAAUGUGGCAGAGAAUUGAACUUCGCUGACGGUGACGCUGACGGUUCUUCAACUCGAAAUCGGCGAGUGUCGGCAUUGGCGAAUGGGGGUUCGGUGAGUGCGUGUUAGGUUGGAUCCGACGCCGUUUGGGAUCUCGGCGGAGAAAAAGGGGGAUCGAAGCGACGUUUAGGGUUUGGCGGACAUGAAUAGCGCAUUGGGGAGAGAAUAAAUGUGCAGGGCGGAGUGGGAAGGUUUUAUGGGUUUGAAGAGGUGGGAGAGUAAGGUUCAGAAGGUGGGGAUGGGGUUAGGGUCGGCUUCAGGUUCGGCUUCGGCUUCGUCUCGUUCCAAGAUGAAGAUGUGGAUGAUACGGGCUACCACAUCGGUGUUACUGUGGACUUGCGUCGUUCAGUUAACGGCUCUCGGUGACAUGUGGGGUCCCAGAGUUUUGAAGGGUUGGCCUUCUUGUUUCACUCACGAGUCCGCUGUUAGAGCAUUGGACAUGGAGUUACCCUCUCCGCGUCCUCCUCUUCUCCCUCCCAAGAGAGUUUAUAAGAACAACGGAUACCUCAUGGUCUCCUGCAAUGGAGGGCUCAACCAAAUGAGAGCAGCAAUUUGUGACAUGGUGGCUAUUGCCAGAUAUUUAAAUGUCACGCUUAUAGUUCCCGAAUUGGAUAAGACAUCCUUUUGGGCUGAUCCCAGUGACUUCCAAGACAUAUUUGAUGUGGAUCAUUUUAUCACGUCCUUGAGGGAUGAAGUGCGGAUAUUGAAAGAGUUGCCUCCCAGGCUCAAGCUGAAAGUAGAACGUGGGUUUCUUUACACUAUGCCGCCUGUCAGUUGGUCGGAUAUAUCUUACUAUAAGAACCAGAUUCUGCCAUUGAUACAGAAGUACAAAGUUGUUCAUUUGAAUAGAACUGAUGCUCGGUUGGCUAAUAAUGGUCAACCUAUAGAGAUUCAGAAGCUGCGUUGCCGAGUUAAUUUUAGUGCUCUGAGAUUUACUUCUCAGAUAGAGGAGUUGGGGAGAAAGGUGAUCAACCUUUUAAGGCAAAAAGGUCCAUUUCUGGUGCUCCAUCUGAGGUAUGAGAUGGACAUGUUGGCAUUUUCUGGCUGUACUCAAGGUUGCAACAGGGAUGAGGUGGAAGAGUUAACAAGAAUGAGAUAUGCUUAUCCUUGGUGGAAGGAAAAAAUAAUUAAUUCCGAUUUAAAAAGAAAAGACGGUUUAUGCCCUCUAACACCUGAGGAGACUGCCCUUACGCUUAAGGCUCUUGACAUUGAUCGGAACAUUCAAAUCUACAUUGCAGCUGGGGAAAUAUAUGGAGGGGAAAGGAGAAUGGCAAGUCUUGGGAAGGAGUUCCCAAAAUUGGUCAGGAAGGAAACACUGUUGGAGCCAUCUGACCUUCGGUUCUUCCAAAAUCACUCAUCCCAGAUGGCCGCAUUGGAUUAUCUUGUCUCAUUGGAGAGUGAUAUUUUUGUUCCCACUUAUGAUGGAAAUAUGGCCAAAGUGGUUGAGGGCCAUCGCAGAUAUCUUGGGUUUAAGAGAACGAUUUUAUUGAACAGAAAGCUCCUAGUCGAUUUGAUAGAUCAGUACAAUAAUGGAGUGCUGAACUGGGAUGAGUUCUCUUCGGCUGUGAAGGAAGCUCAUGCGUAUCGCAUGGGUAGCCAAACUAAGAGGCUAGUGAUCCCUGACAGGCCCAAAGAAGAGGAUUAUUUCUAUGCCAACCCACAGGAGUGUUUGGAACCAUCAAAUGAUCUAUCUGUUGGCGUUGAGUAGUACGUGAGGAAUGUGUUGGGUAAUAGUGGAAUUUACUUGUGCCAUCUCCUGGUGCACUUGGUUUUCUACCACAGAUAGUUUUCCACGCAAUAACAAGGUCGUGAAAAGGUGACACCCAUAAAGAAAAAGUGGGUAAACUCUAGUCAAGCAAAGCAGCCGGGGGACACUUUUUUUAAUUUAUUUUAUAUAUGCAAAUAAUCAAUCCAUCACAUUCAUGUAUAGAAGCUACCCUGCCAUUACAGGGUGAGAGCAGUUCAAACAGCAUUGUAGACGGAGGAAUUCUUAUACAAAUUUGGAUUACUGCAACUGGCCUUCGUGGAAGCUUAAUUCGUUGGUAUUUGCCUCACCUUUUAUUUUUUUUUUAUUUUUUAUUUUAUUUUUAUAAUAUAUAAAUUAUAAUUUUUUUUCUUCUUCUUUCUUUCUUUUGCCUCCUCUUUUUAAAUUUGCCUCCAUCAUUGUGGUUUUCUGAAUUAUACAGCAAAGAAUUUGUUUUUUCGUGUAUUAAUGCCUCCUAAUUUCAUAUUUCUUUUCUGGUC